GCAAGGGGGUCGGUUAUUUAUUUGGGUUGGAAGUCAAUUCCUCUCACAAGCAGCUUCAUCCCUUGGCGCUGCCACCGCCACGACUACAGUCGCUGCCACUGUUGCACGCUCUUCCAGUCACCAGGUGAUUGAUCUCUGCUGAAGUUGCUCCUUUUUCAUAUUUGUUCUGAAAUAUAAGGGUAAAGAAGCCAGUGAAUUAUGAAGGAAAAAAAAAUGGGUCUGUCAAAACGACAAAAAACUGCUCCUCUGAUGCCAAUGGAGGAUCCACUCAUGGAGCUUCCAGAUGGAAUUCUUUCCUCAAUUAUUUCUUUGCUUUCAUUGAAAGAGGCAGUAAAGACGAGCAUAUUGUCAAAAAGAUGGCAACUCAUCUGGACCUCUCACUCUGACCUCUGUUUUGAUGCUGUAAAUGUACUUGGGAGUGGAAGGAGGGCUGAACCUCAUUGUGUUUUUAAUUGUCAAAAUGAAAUGGACAAAAAGCUACAAAGGAAUAGGUUUAUAAAACGGGUUGAUCAGUUCAUGCAACAACGUUGCUGGGGCCCAAAGGUAAACUCAUUUGCCAUUCAUUUUCACCUAGGCAAGGAAUCUACGUCUCAUGUUGAUCAUUGGCUUAGUUGCGCUGUCAUGAAGGCAGUUGAAAAUAUUGAUCUCAACUUAUCAGUGUGGUUUAGACCUGAAGUGGACUUCUCCUCUUCAACUGCACUAGAGAAUUAUAGGUUUCCUUGUUGGCUUCUUGCUGCCCCUGGAAAAACAUGCAGUACUGUAAAGCAUCUACAAUUGGCUUCUUGCAGUCUCGGUGCUUCUUCAUGUCCUAAUUUUCUCACCUCUCUUGUUACUCUUGAACUUCGAAGUGUAACCAUUAACGAUGAGCAGGUGAAGACUCUUCUAUCAAAUUGUUUGCUUCUUGAGAGACUGAGUCUGCAUCUAUGCAAUGAUCUUGUCAAUUUGAAUAUUGCUGAACCAAAGGCCCGAUUGAAAGUUCUGAACAUACAAAACUGCCUCAGAUUGGAGAAGAUUGAAAUAUGUGCAGAGAAUCUCGUUUUGUUGGAAUAUACUGGUUUCUUAAUAAAAUUCUCUUUGAAAUGUGUCCCAAAGUUGGUUGAAGUUUUCUUGAAUUUCACUGGAGAGAGCAGGAUUAAAGGUGUAACUUAUGCACUUACAAGAUUUGCAAGUUAUCUGCCGCAGUUGGAAACUCUAAAUUUACUCUGUGUUUUAGGUAUGAAGGCACUAAAGCUGCCAGAAAAUGUAGUGGCAAUCACCAAUGUCAGGCGAUUGAUGCUGACUGUUUUCCCAUUUGAUGAUGAAGAUGAGCUCUGUUGGAUUAGUUACAUCCUGAAGGCUUUUCCUCUGCUGCAGAAGCUACAAUUAAAUUUGUUUUCUCCAAGCUUUAUAAGAAAACCAAGGGAGGUAGAAAGGCAUUUCCCAAAAUGCCCCCAUAAACAUGUGACGGAGGUAGAAAUAAAUGGGUUUUAUGGGAAUCAGCAUGAAGCGGAGCUAUUGACGUAUUUGCUUGGUAAUUUGGUUGAGCUGAAAACACUGGUAAUUGGUCCUCGCCAGAAGGUUUACAAGGGAGGAUUUAACAAGUGGGUUUAUGAAGAACCGAGCUGCAGCUGUUACAAACUCAGAGCGGAGAGCGUACGAGAGUGGCUUAAGAUAGUAGUCCCCCUAACAGUGCAUCUGGAAAUUUGUUGACGAUUGCCCUAUAUAAUCCCUUUCUUGAGUUUGCACGUCUGAUUGGUGAUGGUGCGUACAAGAAGAUCACACGGUCGGUCAGUGGGAAGGAGGGAUCUUGAAUCUUUUUUGUCCUUUCUUGAGGAUAUAUCCCGGAUUCUUAUCAGGAACUAAUGAUGGCAGCUUUGAUUUCCCUUUGGAGACACGAUUUGUAAUAUGUAUAUUGCGUUAGUAAGAAGCAAGCAUUAAAUCCA